CGCGACCCACUCGCAUCGCAGCACACCGCGCACCGGCCAAUCCGGCCGCUUCCUCGCACGCGGCACGCACACGCCCCCCCAGCCCAGUCCAGUCGCAUGUUGUUGGUUGGUUGCACUUGCAUUGGUGGCCUUGGAGUGUUGGAGUUGGAGAGCUGCUUUCCGGCUGGUUGCUCUCACAUCGCUCGCCUCGGCGGCACGCGGAAAAGCAACCAGCACCUAGCUAGGUAGCCUUGCCUAGCCCCACGAACGCGCGCGACGACCGGAGGGCCGGGGUUCGAAACCACCGGCCGGCUAGCUAGCUGCUGGUAGCUGCCGCGCCCGCGCCGCCCUAGCUAGCUAGCUACGUGCGCUGUGCUGUGGUGAGGGUGGGCGCGCGCAUGAACCCGCCGCCGCAUGGGCGCGGCGGCCGCUCGCGCUAUGGCCCGCCGGCGCAGCAGGCGGGCCAGCAGCAGCAGCAGUACCCGUUCGUCGUUGACCCCACGGAGGUGGCGGGGGCGGCAGUGAGGGCCUUCUUCCCGGCGCCGGGGGCCGGGGAGCCGCCGCCGCCGCCGUCAUCGUCCGCCGCGGAGCGGGCGCCGCCGCCGCCGAUGAAUCAAGGACACCGCCACUACGGCGGCGGGGCCGCCGAGAUCUCGCUGGCGGCGGCGCACGGCCACGGCCAGGGCCAGCACGGGUUUCAUCAUCACCGAUACCAUCAGUUCGGCGUGGAGGGGAGGCAGGACGGCGGCGGGCCGUCGUCGGCGUCGUCGCUGCCGCGGCACAGCAGCUCGCCGCCGGGCUUCUUCUCCAGCCCCGUCGUGGAUAACGGUUUUCCAAGUGCAAGGGCUGGUGUUAAUGGUGAGGCUCACCAUGCAAUGAGUGGCUAUCAAAAGAAGAUGAAGUCCCCCAUGAACUUAUCCAGACAAGGAGCCCUCUCUCAAUUCUCUGAGGAUGGAAUCCCGAACGAUCUCACCAAUAAUGUGCAUGGCAUUGGACACUCUGAAGAGAACAUCACCGCCAAUAAUGUGGCACGUUCCUUCUCAACUGGGUUCUCAAUUGGAUCAUGGGAGGACCCAAAUUCUAUUGUGUUUUCCAACCCGACAAGCAAAGCAGGGAUACACAACAAUGACGACAUCAUAGCUAGUAUUAGUAACUCGUAUGAACUACAGUUUGGUGUGGCGAAGGAGACAGCGGGCCUACUGCAGAUGCAGCAAGACCAAGUUCCAUUCAGAGUACGAGCCAAGCGUGGCUGUGCCACGCAUCCAAGGAGCAUCGCAGAGCGGGAGCGAAGAACGAGGAUCAGCGAGAAGCUCAGAAAGUUGCAGGCCCUUGUGCCUAACAUGGACAAGCAAACUAGUACAGCGGACAUGCUGGACUUAGCAGUUGAUCACAUCAGAGGACUCCAGAGCGAGCUGCAGGUAUAUGCUCUCAAGGAAGACAAGGAGAAGUGCACCUGCCGCGGCAAUCGUCCAUCAGGGAGAUAACAUUUGCUAAAAUUGGGUUCGAUCUCAGCAAAAUACAGAUCGAACGGCAUUGCACAUUGUCAGACAGCAUGAAAAAAUCGCUGCUGUAGCAUAUUGGCUUCAGCAGAUUGGGCGAGAUAUUUGGUAUUCAUUAAAUCUAGUGUUUAUUAGCUUCAAUGCAAGCUAGCUAGCUAGCUAGAAGUGGAUGUUGUGUUCUUCAUAUUGAAAAGCAGAAGCGUAUUUUUAUUUCAAGCAGGAGUAAGGGGGGAAUGAAAGGCUUAGGCUACUCUAAGUUUUAAGGGCCUAUUGCAGUUUCAUGAAUUUCCCUUGUACUAAUAAGCUCUUACUACUUGCUAUAGCCAGUACUAGAGCCUCAUGAGCUGCCGUAGAUGCUAGAUAUGAUAUUGAAGGGUUCCCCCCCCUCCGCAAGUCAUCGGAUCAGGCCUUAUUUAGUUC